AUGGUUUCGGGUCUUUUUUUCUUGGGAUUUUUUUCCGGGUUUUCCGGAUCAGAAGCCUUCCUGGACCUGUUGCUCAUCUUUCUGAAUUCUUUCCGAGACCAAAAUCUCACGGAUCCCGCGGCCCGGGCCCGGAUCCCCGAAAAAUCUCUCGUUCAUGGUUUCGGGUCUUUUUCUUGGGAUUUUUCCGGGUUUUCCGGAUCAGAAGCCUUUCUGGACCUGUUGCUCAUCUUUCUGAUUUCUUUCCAUGACCAACAUCUCACGGAUCCCGCGGCCCGGGCCCGGAUCCCCGAAAAAUCUCUCGUUCAUGGUUUCGGGUCUUUUUCUUGGGAUUUUUCCGGGUUUUCCGGAUCAGAAGCCUUCCUGGACCUGUUGCUCAUCUUUCUGAAUUCUUUCCGAGACCAAAAUCUCACGGAUCCCGCGGCCCGGGCCCGGAUCCCCGAAAAAUCUCUCGUUCAUGGUUUCGGGUCUUUUUCUUGGGAUUUUUCCGGGUUUUCCGGAUCAGAAGCCUUCCUGGACCUGUCCCUCAUCUUUCUGAAUUCUUUCCAAGACCAAAAUCUCACGGAUCCCGCGGCCCGGGCCCGGAUCCCCGAAAAAUCUCUCGUUCAUGGUUUCGGGUCUUUUUCUUGGGAUUUUUCCGGGUUUUCCGGAUCAGAAGCCUUCCUGGACCUGUUGCUCAUCUUUCUGAAUUCUUUCCGAGACCAAAAUCUCAAGGAUCCCGCGGCCCGGGCCCGGAUCCCCGAAAAAUCUCUCGUGUCGCGUCUCUUAUUGUCCCCUCAGUAA